AUGAUGAACAACACAUCAGCGCAGAAAUCGAAACAUGAACCGACAUACGCAACUCUUCCGGAUCAUCUCAUCCAGGAAAACAUCCUCAUAAGACUGAAGGUAAAACCUGUAAUUCGCUUCAAAUGCGUUUCCAAAGGAUGGUUUUCCAUGAUAUCAAGUCGUAAAUUUGCAAAACAACAAUUUGAAUUCCAGUCGUCUUUGAACGAUCAAACCCUCAUUGUUCAGGAGCCGCAGCGUAAUACUGAAGAAGAUAAGUAUUAUUUAUCCUUUGAUGAAAACUACAAUUUAACUGAGUUUGUUGGAUUGAAGGAGAAAUGUCUUCCGCGUAGUUUUAAUCCUCUAAAUACUUGUGUCGUUGAUUAUUGUGAUGGCCUAUUGUUAAUGUUUAAUGAACAAACUAUGCGCAUAUAUGUUUGGAACCCCGUGACAAACCAAUGUCGCGAUACUAAUGGUCCUGUUGCUCUUGAUAAGGUAGAUGAUUAUCAAAUGAAGUGUGUCGGGUUUGAUUAUGUACCGUUAAUUCAUGAUUAUAAGAUAGGGUGUUUCAUGUUAUAUAUGAAUAUUUCGGUACAUGCUCUUAUGUUUUCUUUUAAGACCGGGUUAUGGACCGAAUGGGCUUUAUUAGAUGACUAUUAUGAAACGUUGGAAAUUUAUGGAGAUCCCUCGGUGUUUGUUGAUAGUAGUAAAGUCUUUGUUGACGAUACUAUUUAUUGGGCUCCGAAACGUUUGUCCAAUGAAGGAGAUGAAGAGGAAAUCUUUGGGAUGGAUGUGAUAGCAGGGGAUAUGAUGUUUGUCCCAAUUGUACAUAGAGAACAUUGGGAAACCGCGAAAUUAUUUAAGAUGAAUGGGAGAUUGGCAUUGUGUUUGAUUGGAAAUGGUGGUAAUAAGACUGUUUGUAAUGUGUUUUUGAUGAAGUUAACUGAUGCUGAUGAUGGUCAUACGGUUGAAAUCGCUUCAUGGGAGAGAGUAUUAUCUCUCACAUAUAUUGGAGCGGAUUUUGUGUAUUUAUUUGAGACAGGAAUGUGUUUGGUAAGUAACAUAUCGUUAUCUUUAUCUUUAUCUCUAUCCUCUCAAUUUCUUCGGCUUAUGCUACACGAGCUUAGCCAAGUAUCAUCACAAGAACAAGAACAAGAACAACCCGAUGAAGGUACUAUUGUUUGGGAAUCAGUAGAACGAGGAAACUUGUGUCGCUAUUUUUCAGGGGUUGCAUUGGGCUAUUGCGAGAGUCUUUUUUCGCCUUUUGAUCCAUACUUGUUGCAAGACAAUCAAGAUGGCUGA